AUGGCAACUGUUAACAGUUUCCUUCUAUUUCAAAGCCAUCGUAACAGUGACCCGGGUAAUCCGGCAUUGCAUCGCAAGUCCACAUAUACUAUAGUUGAUUAUAGGGAAGAGCUGGUUAGACAGCUUUGUGGGUUAGCAUUGUAUGAUAGACCUCCUGUGAAUGAGCAAGUGCAGGCUGUUCCUCCCCCUGAUCAGUUUUGUACUGACCAUCUACCUAAAACGGCAGCAAAUGGUGUAAGAAGGAAUUGCGUUGUUUGUUACGUGGAAGGUCGAGGGGAGAGGAAGGUUUCUACUUAUUGUACUGCCCCUCAGUGCAAUAGGCACAUGCAUGUUGCUGGUGAGCAUGAUUGUUUUGCAGUAUGGCAUAGUAGGGAUUACACUGGUAAGAGGUCAUGAGUAUUUCUGCAUUUGGUAUUGUGGGUGGACUGAAACAUGUCCAACAUCAAAUUUGUCAAACAAAUGAAAUUUGUAUCAUAUUUUCCCAUUAUGAUUACAGCUCAUUGUAUGACAAACAUUUCAUUUUUUAAUAAAAUUUUCCUUACUAUUUGUGUUACAUUCAUGUAUAUUUAAUGUAAUUUUUUACUUUAUUAUUAAAAAUUAAAAAAAGGAAGUGUGUUUCCGACUGAAUUUGAUUUCAAGCAGUGUCGUUCAAUCUCACAAUAGUACUUUUGGGUGCCUGUACAGAUUUUUUUUUACUCAAUCAAAAGGGGAAAUUUCCCUUGAACAUAGUAGAACAUAAUGGUGUCAGCUACUUUUAAAAUUAUGUUGCUGCACACAUUUUUUGUUUACCAGGGGGGGUGACUUUCCCAAUUCGGGUUGCCGAGUUGCUCAGAACCUUUAUUUUGACAAAUAAUGGAAAAGAUUUCACUGGAGAAAAUGUGGGAGAGGAGUUGAAUUCUUAAAGCCUACCCACCACCACUAUGUAAAAAAAUAUAUAUAUGACUCUGGCAUGAUUACUACAUUGGAGACAUGUCAAUGAAAUUGAAGGUAAGAUUCUGCCAUUUCUAACGGGUGAAUUUCAAAAAUAAAAAAAAAAUAUAUUCUGUUAGUCAAUUAUUUUGAAACUUGGCACAAAUAUACUAUAUAACCUAAGCAAACUUUUCAUAAAUAUAAUGCAUUGAAAAAUGUGCAUUGUUUGAUCUUAAUGAGGCAAAAUGCAAAUAUUAUUGCCACAUUUUUGCAUAAUUUAUGCAAAUUUAUGCAUUUUUGGGUCACGUGUCACAUUUGAAAACGGAACCAACCGUCAUCAAUCGAUAGCCGAAGUCAUGAGCUUUCCAACGAUGCAUUAUGCGCUUAAAAGGGUCCAGUACAUGCAGAGAAAAUCACACCGGAACACAACACACCUAUUUAUCACGUGAAUAGGCUGGUCGAGAAAGAGUUAAGCAAAUUCGAAAAUGCGAAAAAGACGAGGGUAUGAUUCUCAACACCAGUAUGGACAGUGUCAUUACACCAAAGAAGGAUGACGAACUUGCCAGACUAGAGAUCGCUAAUGAAGAGAUAAGUAAUUUAAUUACUACAAAGUCUGUUGCUGUUGAUAAGAUUCAUUCAGUCGAAGAAUGUUCGUUGUUUAAACAGUGCCCGAAUGCCAAGUGCAACAAAAAAAUAAUGCAACAAACAUCCAGCUUCAUGGUUAAGUGCGAUCACUGCAAUGGAAGAUUCCGAAGCUCCGAUUGUAGAGAAAAUAUUAUGAUUAACUUCAUAGUUUGUGAUCCUGCUGAUGAGAGCUUAAUUCGCUUAACGGCUUUCCAGCCUAUUUUGGUCACGUUGAUUGGAUCGGUCCAAGAUGUUUCAGUUGAUGAAAUCUGUGAAAAGGUUCUGAAGUUAGAGAACGUGGUAAUUACUUUUAACCAAAAUAUGGUAGUUACGCAAAUCGAACAGAAUCAAUGA